CAGCCACAUUUAAAGCAGACACUGGGAUAACAAUUAGCGAUAAUAUGGGAUUGGUUUGUUAAUUGACACAUUUUGGGGAGGGUGAAUUAAACCAGGGAGUGGACUUCAGAAGAGCUAAAACUCCACACCACUGCAGACGAUGGUAACAGCUGCCGUUAAAAGAACCAGCGAAGAAGAAGACUAGGACGCUUGUUUACAACACAGCCGCUGACAGCUCUGAAGAUUUGACUUCGGUGUAAUGCGAGCUCCUCUGCGCUGGGUGUUAUGGGAUGUGAAAGACACCCUGCUGAAGGUGCGUGCAUCUGUGGGAGAGCAGUAUUGCAAGGAGGCUGAACGAGUGGGCUUGAACCUCAGUCCUGUGGAGGUUGAAGCUGCUUUCCGCCAGGCAUAUCGACAUCAUUCCAGCAGAUACCCAAACUAUGGCAUCGCUCAGGGCCUGGAUGGACGGUCCUGGUGGAUGAGGGUGGUGCGGGACACUUUCUGCCAGUGCAGGGUACAGGACCCAGCCCUGCUAAAUACAAUGGCUCACAACCUUUAUCAUAACUUCUGCAAUGCAGAGAACUGGGAGGUAUUUCCAGACUCACAGAAGACCCUGGAGAGAUGCUCUUCUCUAGGACUGGAGCUGGGUGUGGUAUCCAACUUUGACAGCCGCCUAGAAGAGAUUUUACGCAUUUGUGGCCUGCUGUCUCACUUCAGCUUUUUGAUUACAUCAGAGGAAGCAGGUAUAGCAAAGCCGAGUCCAGCCAUCUUCGAUCAGGCACUGCAGAGAUGUGGAGUAUUAGCUGCUAAUGUAGCUCAUAUUGGGGACCACUAUAUGAACGAUUACCUCGCCUCUAGGUCUGUGGGCAUCCACGGGUUCCUUUUAGACAGACACGACAAGCACAGCCAACCUGACGUUCCUCAAGAGCAUCGGCUCAGCUCUCUGGAAGAGCUGCCGUCACUGCUUCAGCAGCACAUGCACUAAUGACUAAGUCCAAACAGGCAUGGACUCCAAAGCUACUCAGCCUGACUGCUUUAGUUACUGAACUAAUUUCUGGGAUGUAGGAUGAUGACCCGAGUGAGCAGUCAUCCACUUUAGAGCUCUAAUUAAACACUCCUGCUACUGUUGUCAAGAAUAUGGAUUCAGCUUGUUUAAUUAUUAAUUUAAAACGGAUUCAAUACUUAUUUUCGAUACACCGGUACCAGCUGCACAUUCUAUUUCUCUAUUCUCUCCAACAGUGAGUUGACACACACACACACACACACACACCGCUGCAGUACCCACUCUGCUAUUCUCUGCUGCUAGUCAAGACAAGUCGUCGUUGUCACAUGAUAGCCUCGUUAUAUUUAUCUCAAACUUCAUGCUCUCAAUAUUGUCAAUUUUUCUCCAAGGAAUCAAAAAUGCUGUCAAAUAUGGAUAUUUUUAAGGUAUUGUAUCAAAGUUAGAAAUUCUAGUAUUUUGACAACACAGAUAUUUAUAGAAAAGAAAAUGAUGGGUUUUAAUAUAAAAGCUGUAAUUAUCAUGCUCUUUUACUGACGGAAAUAGAUUGGGAGAAAUAAAUACAUAUUAAUUAUAGAGUUUGUCUAAGAACUGCCCCGUUGCAUGUUUUCAUUUGAUGACAACAUUAAAGGAUUUUGAGACAAAGUUGAUAUUUAACAACACUACAAUCAUCAGUGCUAAUACAUUAUCUAGCACUAACAAAAGAUGGUGUUUAAAAAAAACACCUUUUACAAAAAGCGCAAGAAUCUGAAUGACAAUGCAAUGUAAAAAUUAGUUUACUCAUCAAAUGAUUCAGUUACCCCUGGUGCCACAUGGAUGGGGGCUGUGUUGUCCUGAAAAGACACUACUGCCAUCAGGAUGUUUCAACAUUGAUCACUCUGAAUAACUUUGUAUUGAUUUAUAGUGACACCUGUUUCUUAAGGGAACAGAUGGAACUUCCUGUAUGGAGGCAUUUGUUUGAUUGUCUUCUAAUUUAUUCAGGGUCUUUGGUUGUUAUUCUUAAGUUGUUUUGGGGUAUUUUAUACUUUCAUCACAAGUCGAUAGUAGAGAGGAAACAGGAAAUGAGGGGGUAGAGAGAAGUACAAAUCACUAAUAUAUAUUUUUUUUUUGUUCUGUUUCCUUUAAAAUUCAUAAUCUGAGCACAAAGGAACAGGGAGGUUGUCAUAAUUGGUGGCUUGAACUUAACAAUGAAACAUAUUUACUCAACUUUAAGGUCAAGUUCACUUUAUUUUUUUUAAAUCAAUUUUAAAAUAAUAUACGCCCAUAUGAACAUUGCAAGUUAUUGGCUAAUUUAAAUGUUCAUCCGUACUGGCCCUGAAGAGUCUCCUAAUGUGAUUCCACUGUAAACAAUGGUGGACAAUGGUCAGUCCUCAUUCUUUAUACAAUAGAAUAAAGGUCAGCUCUCGCUAUGAGGCUUUAGCCGCCCGAGGUAGUCAAACCAAGAGUGUGUCUUGUUAGUCUUUUUAGAAGGAGAUUCCUCUCUACAGCAAGUAAACAUUGUCCAGGGGAAACACAAAGAGGGAAGUCUGUACUCAAAAAGCUGCAACUCCGGACAAUACCAACUUGAUUUGUCUAACUCAGACUGCUGAAGCCUCAUAUUAAGUCUAGAAAUGGAUGUAAAACUCUGUAAACUUAUGCAAAUGUCAGUCAUCAAUUUACAAAUAAUGAAUUUGAAAUAUCAUGACAUCACAUUCAUGCUGUAUGAAAUGAAGUAAUUUGAGCGGCCCUCGAGGAUCAGCUCCCAGUGUACAAUGACCUUUUUCAUGU